AUGUUGCUUAACGAGUUCGAGAUGGAGUAUAAUGACAGUUUCCUGAUAAACAUCAACGACACCUCAUUGAACGCUGCCGGUGCAACAAUUGUUUCACCAGUCUUGAUGUUCCUUGCGGGCGUGGGUGGAAACAUCUUGGCUCUCAUCAUUCUUUACAGUCGACGCAACGACGUGAGAACAAUCAAAUUUUACCAUCUAAUCAAAGGACUAGUGUGGACAGAUUUACUGGGCAUAUUGUUUACCACGCCUUCCGUGUUUGCUUCGUAUUUUAACAAUCGACAAUGGGUCGGCGGCGAUGUUCAUUGUCGCCUGCAUGGACUAGUGAUGGCAUGCUUCGGAAUGGCUACACCUUUCAUUAUAUGUGCAAUGGCUUUUGAAAGAUUUCUAGCAUUAAAAUAUGUGUUCUUUUAUUCAAGUCGCUUUACAUCGGGAAUCGCAAAGGGAUGCAUUUUAGCAGUGUGGAUCUUUGUCUUCACAUACUGUAUAUUACCCUUUAUAGGUUUCGGAAAAUUUGAAAAACAAUAUCCAGGUACCUGGUGCUUUUUCGAUUUUCAUUCAUCAAAGAUCGAUGAAAAGAUAUAUGGAUACAUCUACGCGAGUAUCAACCUGCUUCUAAUACUCCUCAUGAUAACCUGCAAUGCCCACGUGGUCUAUACCUUAGCGAGGACGCGAUUUAAACGAAGAUAUACGCCGAACAGAAGGGAAAGUGCUGUGAUGUCACACAUGGCAUUAACCGAACAAGAGGUUCUGGUAUCUGUCUCGCGACAUAUGAGGAAGCGAUCACGAGACCUGGAAAUCCACAUGAUAGUGUUUCUGUGUGCACUGACGUCUGUAUUCACCAUAUGCUGGGCACCGUUCAUGGUGCACAUCAUGUCCACACUUAUAACUGGAAAACAACACCUUCUGCUCGACCUUGCUGCAGUACGACUUGCCAGUUUGAACCAGACCCUGGAUCCUUGGCUGUAUAUAUUGCUAAGACGUUCUUUAAUCGUAAACGUACGGAUUUAUUUCUGCAAGUUAACAAUGACGAAUGUUCUUCUAAUGGGCGUAGAAAAACGCUUCACGAAAGGAAAGAAGAGUCUAGACGAUCCAACUUUUAAGGGGUCAUGGUAUGAUGGCUUCAAAAAAAGGUGGCCUGCCAUCCACCUUGCUAAGCCAGAGCGCCUUGGGUUGUGUGCUGGACCAGUGAUUUUCACUCUGUAUAUAUCGGCCCUUAACAAGGUGGUUCAGAAGUAUCCAGCUGAUUUGUAUGGCUAUGCAGACGACCACAAGAUUGCCUUCAAGAUUCAGGCAGGAAAUCAUGAAAAUGAAGCAUACGUUCUACAACAACUUGAUUAG